AUGAAGUUUCUCUACAAACUUCCUCAGCGUCAAUUUCCUUACCAAGACCUCAUCGAGACCAACGCGAAACGAACAAGACUCGACAAGGAGUACAAUUUGAUCGAUACAGGCAUCUUUGACGACGACCGAUACUGGGAUAUCUUCAUUGAGACUGCAAAGGAGGCGGACGACCCUGAUGAGCUUCUUUUCCGAGUCACAGCAUACAAUCGCGGUCCCGAGCCCGCACCUCUCCAUAUUGUACCUCAUGUUUGGUUUCGGAAUACUUGGGCCUGGGGCCGUGAGGAGGCCGAGUUGAAGCCUUCCAUAUCGAAGAUUGGCCCAGCCACGGCACAGUCGAAACACUACAAGCUUGGAGACCGAUACUUCCAGCUCUCGCCUUCGCCUGGUGCUGGCUCGAGCGGUGACGAUGUCCUCCCUGAAUUGCUAUUUACCGACAACGACACCAAUUACAAGGAACUGUGGGGUGUCAAAAACAAGACGCCGUACGUCAAGGACGGCAUUCACCGCCGUAUUGUCGACGACCAAAGGGACGCCGUCAAUCCCAACAACACGGGUACCAAGUGCGCAGCCUGGUAUGCAUUUGAUGAAGAUGAGGGCGUUCCACCCGGCGAGUGCGCCGUGGUUCGUUUCAGGCUGUCUCGAAGAAACGACGGUUUCCUUGACGAAGAGCUUUUUGAUGACAUUGUUGAGCAGCGUCGGGCUGAAGCUGACGAGUUCUACCACCGCAUCAGCCCCCUUCCAAUGGCGGAUGAUCUGCGAAACAUUCAGCGUCAAGCUUUCUCCGGCAUGAUGUGGUGUAAACAAUACUACCACUUCGUCUGGGACCAGUGGGCCAACGGAGAUCCUGGCAUGCCUCCUCCACCCCCCGGCCGCAAGGCAAUCAGGAACAAGGAAUGGAAGCACAUGUAUCUGGAUGAUAUUCUGUCUAUGCCCGACUCCUGGGAGUAUCCCUUCUUCGCAGCAUGGGACAGCGCCUUUCAUUGUAUCACUCUCGCCAUGAUCGAUCCCGACUUUUCAAAGAAACAACUUGAUUUGUUCACGCGCGAAUGGUACAUGCAUCCCAAUGGUCAACUCCCGGCAUACGAGUGGAACUUUGGUGAUGUCAAUCCCCCAGUCCAUGCUUGGUCGCUUUUCAGAGUGUUCAAGAUUGAGCGCAAAAUGUACGGGCGCGAGGACUUUGAUUGCCUCGAGCGUGUCUUUCAAAAACUGUUGUUGAACUUCACCUGGUGGGUGAACCGCAAGGAUGCCGACGGAAAGAACAUCUUUGAGGGUGGCUUCCUUGGCCUUGACAAUAUUGGUGUUUUCAAUCGGUCUGAUCCCUUGCCUACUGGAGGCGUCCUCGAGCAGGCCGACAGUACGGGCUGGAUGGGUUUCUAUUGCCUGAACAUGCUGAACAUAUGUCUGGAGCUUGCCAAGCGUCGUCGCAUCUACGAAGACAUGGCCUCAAAGUUCUUCGAGCACUUCCUCAUGAUCAGCGAUGCCAUGCAGUACCGGAGUGAAGGCGAAUCGAAACCUCUCUGGAACGAGGAAGACGGUUUCUACUACGAUGCUAUCUCAUGGGGUGGCCCAUGGAGUCAUCAGAUGCCUGUUAGAUCGCUGGUCGGUCUCAUCCCUCUGUACUCGACGCUGACUUUGGAGCCUGAAAUAAUCAACCGUCUUCCCGCAUUCAAGAAGCGUGUCGAGUGGUUCAUCAAGAACCGUAAAGAAACAGCUGAGCGCAACAUUGCCUCCAUCUCAAAGCGUGGCCAGGGAGACCGUCUGCUCUUGUCGCUCGUCAACGAGGAUCGGCUGAAGCGAAUCAUGACCAAGAUGCUGGAUGAAGAUGAGUUUUUGGCUGACCACGGUAUCCGAUCAUUGUCGAAAUAUCACAAGGACCACCCAUACUCCAUGGACGUAAACGGUCAAAAGUACGAGGUCGCCUAUCUACCUGGCGACUCAGACAGUGGUCUCUUUGGCGGCAACAGCAACUGGCGAGGUCCUAUCUGGCUGGCUGUCAACUUUCUGCUCAUUGAGUCUUGCCAGCGGUUCCACCUCUACUAUGGCAACGACCUGAAGGUCGAAUGCCCCACAAACUCGGGCGAUUUUAUGCAUCUCGGUCACGUAGCCGAAGAGCUCCAACAUCGUCUCCAGCAUUUGUUUGCUCGUGGAGAUGACGGUAGAAGGGCCAUCAACGAUGGCAAUCAGAUGCUGGAUUUCGAUCCAAAUUGGAAGGAUUACAUGUGGUACCACGAGUUCUUUGACGGCGACACUGGACGUGGUCUAGGAGCCACCCAUCAGUGUGGCUGGACAGGUCUAAUUGCAAAGAUGAUUCAUGACACUGGGUAA